AUGUGUCGUUAUACUGUGUCAAUAUUUACGUUUACGUACCUGCUAUGCCAAGCAGUAUGCUUGGCGGCACCGCAAACCGAUGCUACGACAGAGAACUCUGUUCGUAUCAUUGGAGGAAACCCUACUACCAUUGAAAGAUACCCAUACGCAGUCCAGGUGAACCAGCAUAACCAGCUUAUCUGCGGGGGUACGCUAGUGAGUCAGCGAUGCGUCCUGUCCGCGGCGCACUGCUUCGUGAGCAGGGACAUUCCUAGACCUACCGUUCGUCAGUACUCGGCGCGAGUUGGAUCCGCUGCACUUAAUUCUGGUGCAGACGCGUGCCAGGGUGACAGCGGGGGUCCCCUCAUCUACGAAGGCAUCGUGGUGGGAGUGACGUCGUGGGGGCGAGAGUGCGGACACCCGGCCUUCCCGGGCGUCAGUACUCGCGUCGCCAACUACACUGAAUGGAUCAACACACAGAUCGUGAAAUAUAACGCCAGUCCAGCGUUGAGCUCCGUCAACGUUUUGGUGCUUUUGGCGUCUUUGGUCGCUUCAGUGGCGGUUCUAAAAUGA